AUGGAAAAUGACACCGAAUUCGUUACAACUGCCGAGUUCAUGUUCCCAAGCCAUGCCAACAAACUAGAACUUUAUCGAAUUCUCCUAUUAUUGGAACAAUUUGCUCGGCCAAGCCUCUGGUUUCAGUUUUAUCUUUCAUUUUUCGGUAUUUUGCUAACAAUCUUCCAUUUAUACAUUUUGACACGGAAGGCUAUGAUGAUAUCUUCAAUUAUUGCAAUUAUGAUCGGAAUCGCUAUUUGUGACGUCGUGGCUAUGCUAGCUGCAAUUCUCACCGUGAAUAUUUAUUUCGAUGAAGAAGGCACUGAUUGCACCCCUCCAGUCUCCCUUUUCAACUUCCAAUUCUCCUGGGCGUUCAUCACAAUCCGAGAUUUUGUCCGCCGCGCUUCCACGUGGCUAGCAGUCGCCAUGGCUCUUAUCAGAUAUGUGAUCAUAAAAUUUGGAGCAACUAUGAAAUUCGAUAAAUGCUCCAAACCCAGAUUCGGAUUUUUAGUGAUUUUUUGGUGCUUCCUGUUUAGCGCUUUUUUCUCUCUGGUCUAUUAUUUUCGUUAUGAUUUUGUACUGAAAAAGGAUCCAUGGCAGCCGAAGGAUCACUGCACCGAUGUGGACCAUUCCUUAAAACUUGAUGCAUUCACUCAAAAGUUAGCAUAUAUUUUCACAGUUUAUGGUGGUAUUCUUGGGAAGAUUUAUCAGCUGGUGAAUGGGAUUUUGUCGAAAAUCCUUCCCUGCAUCCUCCUACCUAUCCUAACCAUCCUGCUCAUUUUGGAGCUCCGGAAAGCCGAAAAGAAUCGGAAAAACUCAAAUACCAACGCCAAAAAGUUGACAUCUGAAAAAACAACAGGCCUCGUGAUAUUCAUGACAAUCUCUUUUUUCCUUCUGGAGCUCCCAAUAGGCAUCGGCCUAGUUUUUCAAGUGGCCUAUACUGAUUUCGGAUAUCUAUAUUUUGCCACAUAUGUCAAUCACCUAGUUAACUCAAUUUGUAUAAUCAAUGCUUUAACCCAUGGAGCUGUAAUGUUCUCCAUGUCAAGCCAAUACCGGAUUACUGUAGGGGCCAUGUUGAAAGUUAAAGCUAGCGAUCGGGUUUUUAUUGUAAGCCACAGCAGCACGUCAAAUCGAGUAUAA